CAGAGCUUUUUAUUAAGCUGUAGAUUGCUUUUCAGGAAGAGUAGCUCCAGGAAAAUUUUAAUGAUGCUAGUAUAUUUUAUGACUGUUAAUGCGUGUGAUGUUAUUAAGCACAAGGCAAUAAGUGGACCUUUAGGCCAGCAAUUAUUGGAAAUUUCCAUACCUAAGCGGGCGCAUACUGAGGUGUAAAAUGGGACAAAAAUAAUAAACUUACAUUAACCAUAUUGUUUUUACAAAGUACUCUAUCAAUACAAAAAAUGAUUCCUAGCGUGGUCCACUUCAUGAAUGAAAACUGGUUAUAAUUUUCGGGGAGGGUGAGACAUUUGAUAGUUUACAACUUAUUGUCUGCGGCGUGAAAAAGGGACUAUCCAAUCAACGAGCAAACGAGUGCCCCGGGGGCAUUCUUCCUGGGCUCCCAUUGGCUCACUGGUACGUCGAUCUGAGGAGCGGCUCGCGCUAGGUUGCAGCGCAGGUGAAGUGUUGACGGUGGUUCAUAGGGCAACAAACAGCAGUGUACGCCGCCGCCGGGAGACAUCAAUGCUGGAGUACACGUCCAUUCAGGGAACGGUCUGAGGAAGACCAUUACUGGGGCUUACAUGGAGAGCUGAGGCUGAAUAUGACGUUAACGUCCUUAAUGAUGUACAUAUCUCUGCUUUUGCUAUUUAUUUUGUAUGUAUAUAGUGGGUUUUCUGAAGCUGCGCCCCGCAUCAGUACCUACGAUGCGUCGUCUAUCUCCGGGAAAAGCGGCUCAGCCUCCGAUGCCUGGGAUACCUUCCGCAACGACAUGCUUCGUACUUUACCAGAGAGCUGGUUCACUCUCUCGCCUUCAGCCGGACUCACACCGUUGCCGACUAUUGUUUCAGCCGACUCUUCCACCACCACCACCACCACCACGGCCAUCUCCAAAACGCCAACCACGGACCCGAAACCCACCCCCACUAGCACAAUUCACGCCCCUGAUGUUGGAAUAAUCCCAGACACUAAAGAACAAACAACAACACCGUUUUCCAGGCUAACCGCCGUGCGCAAGCGGUCUGCCGACGCGCGAACAUCCCUCUUCACUCCGGAGAAAAUGCUGCAGACCUUGGUGUCCAUGGUUUCCCAGCGAACGGCCAACGAUGCCUGGGCUGCGGAUAAUAUCGGCACAUCUGUUACCUCAGUGGAAAGCAGCCAGGCCACCCCUCAGUCAGAGAUCCUUUGUAACUGCAGCAGUGACUUUGAGGGGAUUUCUCAUCCCGACGACUGUGACAAGAGCACCGGUCAGUGUUCGUGUGUGAAGGGCUACACCGGUCUGCAGUGUGAGGACUGCGAGGAGGAUUACUUCACAAAUGGCACCAGUGGCUGCCAACCCUGUUCCUGCGACUCCUAUGGUGCAGUGAACCCCCUCUGUGACAGUUCAGGGACAUGUGUGUGCAAAUCAGGAGUGUAUGGACCCAAGUGUGAUGACUGCUACCCAGGUUUCUUUGACUUCAGCAGCACUGGCUGUCGGCCUUGCCAGUGUAACAACCACACCAACUACUGCCAUCCGCAGUCCGGAGUGUGUUUGAACUGCGAGGGCAACACCCAGGGAUCGAACUGCGAGAACUGCAAGCCUGGUUUUUACCGCAGUCCUGGAGCUGCCCUGACUGAACCCUGUGUGCCAUGCCCCUGCUCUAACUCCACCUCCAAUGGCACCUGUCACACUGAUCAAAGUGGCUCUCCAGUAUGUGACCAGUGCCUUCCCCAGUACAGCAAACCACACUGUGUUGAGUGCAGUGCUGGUUUCUACAAAUCAGCUGGUAUUUGUGUUCCAUGUGACUGCAAUGGAAAUGCAGACCCUCUGGGCCCGCCCCAGCUCUGUCACCCCGACACCGGCCACUGCCUCCGCUGCAUCAACGGCACUACUGGGACGCAGUGCCAGUUUUGUGCUCCCGGCUUCGUAGGGGACACCCGCAAACUUAACUGCACCCAGCCGACUCCCCGAAUUAUUCCCACACCAGAAGCUACAGCAAAGCCCCCCACAUCCUCCUCCACCACAAUAACCACCAGCACUACUUUGAUGUCUCCCAGAGCAAGGGGGAUCCCAGCCUUCACAUCAAGCAGCAACACCAGUACCACACUAAGCACCACCUCCACCACCCAGGCUCUGCUGACCAGUCUAAGCAGCCCCACUGACAACACCACAGCAGCCCUGACAGAGGUCACCUGGACUCAGUUCAACAUCAUCGUUCUGGCUGUCAUCAUCCUGGUGGUGCUGCUGCUGCUGGGCUUUGUCGGAGGCGUGUACACCUACAGGGAGUACCAGAACCGUAAGCUUAACGCCCCCUUCUGGACCAUCGAACUGAAAGAGGACAACAUCAGCUUCAGCAGCUACCACGACAGCAUCCCCAACGCUGAUGUGUCAGGCCUGCUGGAGGAUGAGGCUAAUGAAGUAGCGCCCAAUGGCCAGCUGGCACUCACCACGCAGGGAAACUGCUACAAAGCUUAGCUCUCCAUCUGUCUCCAAAGCAGUCACCUAGAUUUACAGAUGACACAAAGCUGCUGGAAAGCACCAAAUCCAAAGCUCCUUCAUGUUUUACAGUUUGUCAUUAUACUGCUCAUCUGCAGCAUUUACAGCACCUGGCAACCUGAUAGAGAGUUCAAAGCAAAGAGACGCAGAGUUUCCACUUUUUCGUGCGAUUUCGGGUGGAAUGGCUGAUCAGUGAAACGGGGUCCAAAGAAACCAGUUUAAGUCCUGCCUGCAGAGGGCACUGCUGGGCAGAUUAAGGGGGGCCGGUGAGAGGCUGGUGAAAGUAUGCACCUGUUGGCUGAAACAAUUGAUCCUGGAACCAGUCAGAGGACUUCCAGGAGCUUAACAUUUCAGAUAUUUUUUAAAUAAAUUUGUGACUGUUUAAGUUAUAACUGAAUCACUUGGUAUGGUGAUUUCAAUCUGAGACGAUGAUUGUUAUUUAAUGAAUUUGUAUUCUGUUCUUAUUUAUUGGUUGGGAGAAAUGCUGCACAUGUAUGCUGUGUUUAUUCAUGGUGUUUUAUCUUAUGUGCUGUCAAAUGGUACUUUGAACUGGCUGAUAUGUUUUCAUGUACAGUUGAUGUGUUUUGGAGAGAGAGAGAGAGAGAGAGAGAGAGUUGUAGAAGGAAACAAAGUCUGUUGGCACAAGCGUCUUAGUGACCUCAUCUUUUGUUUAUAGCUUCCUCACUUUUGUUAAAGUGUGCCAGCUCACCUAAACCAUCUAAGAGGAGUGUUUUGUUUAAAGAAACUGCAACUGGUAUUUACAGACUGCUUUCUUCUGGCAGUAUGGUGAGAUAAUGACACAUACUCGGAUUGUGUAAAAGGCCAUAAUCUUAUAAUCUAAUCUGCUCUUUGCUGCCUUCCUCAGCAAAAGUUGAACAAAUCAUUUCAAUAAGUGCUUCUCAUUCUUAGAGAGGGUGAGUACUGUGACUCAGAUGAUAGAGAGUUUAUAAACAUAAACAGUAUUGUCUUUUUGAUACUGUUGUGUAGUGAAACCAACCUGCAGAUGUUUAAAAAAAACAAAAACCCCACACAUCCUGUUCUCACUUACAAUCAAAUUGCAUCAUCUCAAGCAGUGAGUUGCUGUAAUAUUGAUGCAAUUCCCACCUGAUCCCAGACAGGACCCCACGUUUUCUGUGUGAAUAAAGCUACCAUUGGGUGGGUGUGCUUCUUUUUACCAUGGUGAAUGAGUAAAGCUAAUUAUGAAACCAACUCCUCAGGUACUGGCUCUUUCCCUAAUGUGAUCUCUGUAAAUAUUAUUAUUGUACAGAUGAAUGUGAAUAGUAGCACUAUUAUUGUACAGGUAGAACUGUGUGGACACUGUCACUCAACAAGCUCCCAACCUUUCACUUCCCAGAGCGUGAUGUGGCGGUCGACCUGCGGCUUUUUGUAUUUUGAUUUCUUAUUCUCAGUGGACUUUGCCAUACAUGCAGCUACAGAACUCAAAUGCACCCACAACUCAUAACAAAGAAUUUAAAAAAAGAACAGUGUAAAUAAUACCUCACAGUCAGAGCCCAACUCUCAAAUAAAAAUGGGUUUAACUGUUGUUUAUGUCUGUUGCACAUCUCUUUAUCACAUUUUAACAAUCCCCUCCUGAGACAUUAAAAAAAAACUUGUCUCAAUUAAUUUAAAAAGUACAGAAAUACAUGUUAGCCGUUUAAAAUUUACACUGUACGCAGGGGUUUUUUAAGCCUUUCAUUUUCCACUGUGCAAAUUAAAAACAUUAAAACAUUCAGUUUACAUCCUGUAUGCAACACAAAAGUUUAUGUAUGAUAAAAGGGAAUUGUUAUCAAAAGGUAUCCUGUGACAUUCUGAAAAAAUGUAACAUUAUUUCUUUCCCUUGAUUAAAAAAAGUCUGAGUAUGCAAAGCGCUUAAUUUUCAGCUUUGUACACAGUG